CCCCCAGAGCCCCCCCCAGAGCCGCCUCCGGGGGUCACAGUCACCGCAUUAGGAACUUGUCUCCAUCUGCACUUUCCAAAGUAUAUUUUUAAGAAAGUCACAUUUGAGAGCGACGCCGCUGUCGGGGCCGCACAGCGCGAGAGGGUUCUGGUGUGGAGUGUCCAGCACCAUCUCUGUAAAUCACUCCCAAGAUGUUACUGGCCACAAAGGGCGCUGUAUAAAUCUACAAUAUCAAUUGUCGAAAAUGACGGAGGAGGCACCGGGCUACCAGCUUACAGAACAUAAACCACUGCUGGGAAAUGUCCUGAACUUUGAAGAGAAUGACAGUGUGGAGCAUGUUGUUGAAACCUCAUGUGGUUCUGUGCAAAUCACUGUGCGUGGGAUCCCAAGACCCAAGCGACCAGUCAUCCUUACAUUUCAUGACAUUGGGCUGAAUCACAAAUCCUGCUUCAAUUCUCUCUUCAACUUUGAGGACAUGCAAGAGAUUGUCCGCCAUUUUGCAGUAUGCCACGUUGAUGCACCUGGCCAGGAGAUGGGAGCUAAAAACUUUCCACAAGGGUACCAUUAUCCAACAAUGGACCAGCUGGCUGACAUACUUCCACAAAUCCUCAAGCAUUUUAAUGUGACCAGCAUCAUUGGAUUGGGAGUUGGAGCGGGUGCAUUUAUCCUGACUAAAUUUGCUUUGGCCCACCCGGACCUUGUUGAGGGCCUGUGCCUCAUUAAUAUCAACCCCUGUGCUGAAGGCUGGAUGGACUGGGCAGCAUCUAAGCUCACUGGUCUGACUGGUGCCUUGGAUGAUGUUGUGAUUUCACACCUCUUUAGCAAGGAGGAAGUUCACAACAACCUUGGCAUGAUUCAGACCUACCGCCAUCACAUUUCUCACGACAUCAAUCAGACCAACCUGCAUCACUUUAUCAAUUCCUACAACCACCGAAGAGACCUGGACAUUGAACGCCCUGUAGCUGGGAUGCACAAUUAUAUGACCUUAAAAUGUCACUCGUUGCUGGUGGUUGGAGACAGUUCACCUGCUGUGGAUGCUGUGGUUGAAUGUAACACAAGACUGGACCCAACCAAAACCACUCUGCUGAAGAUGUCUGACUGUGGAGGGCUGCCACAGGUGGUUCAGCCGGCAAAGCUUACAGAGGCCUUCAAGUACUUUGUCCAAGGCAUGGGCCACAUGCCUGGAGCCAGCAUGACUCGCCUCAUGCGAUCCCGCACUGGCUCCGCCUCAAGCUACACCUCCAUUGAUUCUAACCGGAGCCGUGCUCACACCGGGGAGGGGAACCGCAGCCGUGCUCACACCCUGGAGAACACCAACAUGAGCCAGGCCGCCAUGGAGUCACCACUCAGCUCGUCCCCUCGCUCGGCCACCAUGGAACAUUCUGGACCACAGUCGGCGGAGGUUUCCUGUUGAAGCCCCCUCUCCUCCCGCCCCC